AUGGCCGUUACUUUUAGAUCGACUUUCGACCAAGAGCCGUUACUGGAUAAUGAUAAAUCUCGUCAAAACCAUCGCAAUAAUGCUGCCACGGCGGCAUCCGCUGCAGGGACACGGGCUUUCAGUGCGCAACUGGUGGCUUUCUACUUUCGUGCUCCCGUGAAAUCUUUCUUUCGCACUCGAGCCUAUGCACGCGCGAUAAACCCUCGAGUCGGUCAAGAAAAAUGGUCGUUGCAUACAACCACGCCGGGUCUUCUCGCCCAUGCUGUUCGUCUCCAUGGCUGGAAGUUUUUACCUAACCAGGUUCUCCCCCUCUACUCGCCAAUACUACCUUCUACCUUUAUAGCAGGACUCUCUGCGGGUGCCAUUCAAUCCGUGAUUGCUGCGCCGCUUGAUGCCUUGCAAGUUCGAUUACACACUAGUGGCAUGCUGGAGGGUCACUAUCGAAGCAUGUGGGAUUAUGGAUGGACGAAACUGCGGGAGAUUGGCGUGCGUGGAGUAUUUGCUGGGUGGACACUUUCAUUCCUGCGAGAUUCUUUUGGCUAUGGAUUAUUUUUUGCUUCGUUUGAAUAUGUCAAGUCGCAGGCAUACCUGUCAUAUGUGACCUGGUAUUACGGUUACCUACACUCCAGAGGCGUGCCACCAACUACGACAUCCCAGGAUUUCCAUGGUAAACCAACAAUAAAACCACAUUACACAAUGGAGCUGUGCUUUUUGAUGGGAGCAGGUGUUACGGCGUCAUUUGUGCAGCAAUUCAUCCAACAUCCCCUCGGCAUCAUCCAAGACUUGCAUUGCGGCCGGCUAGAAUAUCUCGACCGACAGCUGGCGUUACGGCAUUCUCGUUCGCAAGUGAUGGAGCAUUACUAUCAUGCCUACCAAGCAACUUUCCGAGAAUGCCAGAAAAAGGCUAAUAGAGCUGGGGGUUGGCUGCGGUGGCUCUACAGAGGCUUCGUACGGCAAAGCAUCCGUCAGGUGCCUAGUACCAGUGCUGGUCUCGUGAUAUUCGAGCUGAUGAGGAGGAAAUAUGCUAGUGCGCCUGAUGCAGUUCUUAUCGAAAAGGACGGCUUCAAUAUUCUCAUGACAUGA